GUGGACGGUAUCCUGGCGAAUAACUAGGGAUGAGAUUAUGUUUUUCUCCAGUGAGGGGUGUGUGCGACUUCUUUCGUGGUGAGGUGGCCUUCCUGGCACUGGGGAAGGCUCGUCCAGAGUUGUGGAGCAUUCAGGAGGCCCUGGAGGAGCUGUUUCCAGAACCUUCCCACUACCGAGCUGACGCGCUCCAAGCCUGGGAGAGGAGGCUCCGCCCAGCGCCAGACAAAGCCGCCAAGGCUGACAGUGGAUACAGCGAGGGAACAGAUGGCAGCGAGACGCACACACAGCAAGAGACACAUCAGGACACAAAUACACACACUAAGACACAUCACAGUACAAACAGAGCCUCACAGUCACCUUACCUUGCAGACAAUAUUUAUAACACAGACACAAAGCGCUCUUAUAAAAAGCAUGCUUGCAGAAAGCCCACUCAUCCUCCCAACCACCUGCAGAAAGUCAGGGUAAGAGGUGGGGCCAGAGAGAGACGGCCUUCUCUCAUUGGUCCAAUUAAACAAGAGGGUCCAAGAGCGGCAGACACCUCUUUCUCACCUCCUAUACUAUGUGAAAAGUGCUCAGGAGAAAGAGCGAGACAUCAAAGCUCAGAGCAUCACAGUCAAAUACCUGGCAGGGUCCCACUUCCUCCCGUGUCCAGGAGGCAACAAGGAAGUUCCCCUGUGGAGCAGGAAGUGAGAGAACCAGGCGUUCCACCGAGUCCUCCACCUGCUCAGCCAGUAAGUGUAGUUGAUGAGAGGUGCCUCGAACAAUUGCAACUUUUAUCUACAAAUCCAUUACCAGGGCUGGGGCCGAGACAGAAAGAAACACAGCAGAGGGCAACCUUUGACCUGCCAUCAGACAGAAGUGAUGUCACUCUGUUGGACAUCGAGCGUUGCUAUGACAUCGGGCACGUGGUCGGAGACGGGAACUUUGCAGUGGUGCGAGAGUGCCGGCGUCGUGACAACGGACAAACCUUGGCCAUCAAGAUUAUCGAACGCUCCAAGCUGAUCGGUCGAGAGCACAUGAUGCAGAACGAGCUGAGCCUUCUGGGUAGCCUGUCUCACCCUCGAGUGGUACGACUGUUUACACACCACCACACACACACUCACUCCUACCUGGUGAUGGAGCUGGUGACAGGGGGCGAUCUGUUUGAGGCGAUCGCCAAGAGGGGGAAGUUCCCAGAGGCAGAGGCAGCGCUGAUGGUGUCAGAUGUGAGCGACGCUCUGAGUUACAUCCACAGCAAGAGCAUCGUCCACCGAGAUCUCAAACCAGAGAACUUGCUGAUGGAGCUUAUGGCUGAUGGCAGCAGUAGGCUGAAGCUUGGAGACUUUGGCCUUGCAAUGGUUGUCACAGAGCCCAUUUUCACUAUUUGUGGUACACCCACCUACGUAGCUCCAGAGAUUCUCUCAGAGACAGGUUAUGGUGUGGCAGUGGAUGUCUGGGCUCUGGGAGUUAUUCUUUACAUCCUGCUUUGUGGCUUCCCUCCGUUCCGCAGUCGAGAGCGGGACCAGGAAGAGCUUUUCCAGCUAAUUAAGCAAGGAGAACUCCACUUCCUGUCUCCCUACUGGGACCCCAUAUCAGAGGGCGCCAGAGGCCUUGUCAGAGCUCUGCUUCAGGUCGAUCCCUCAGUGAGGCUUACAGCAGUGCAGACCCUGCUACAUCCCUGGGUGCUACAUCCCCAGGUUCAGGCUAUCAACUCAUCCUGCAGCCAGGGGGCGCUCACACACAAACCUCAGAAAAACACAGCAGAAUGUGCAAGGGACUCAGAGGGAUUAACUCAGAUCAAUGCAGUAGAGGCACCCAAAGACAAAGGACUGGCACACACCAGCAGCCAGGGGGUGCUCACACACAAAACACAGGUAGGGACAGCUGAGCUCAACAAAGAGCAUGAGAGACAAACUGAGAGUAGUUCAGGUACCGCCCUGGACCAAGAGAAACCAGCACAGCAACUGUCUACAGAGAAAAGUACAGUCCAGAUGAUACCUGAAGAGACUAAAGCAGACACCCCCCACACACCCACAGAGGACAGACCUGAUCAGCAGAAACCAGAGUCCCCCCCCUCACACGAUGGCCUGCCCUGCAAGGAACUCAGCAAGCAAGAAACUCAGGGCCCAGGUGACUCAACAUCAAACACCAAAAGCAACCCAGUCAGCUCAACCAGCCCCACCAACAAGCUCAAUCAGCUCUGUGCCACUCCAGUCCAAACACAACUUACAUCCCCAGUCAAGACACACCUAUCAGAACAGAACAGCCUCCAGAAAUCACCCACAGAUUCAUCCACACCUCCAACUAGCGCAAACCCUGCACCACCUCGAGCCUCAUCUCAACACCUCAACUCAGAAACAGGUUGUUCACCUCCACCAGCAACAACAACCAACCAGUCAGACCACCACAGCCCAUCCACCGAGCCGGCAGCACCUUCUUCAACUCAUUCUCUCCAUCAGCAAAGCCUCACACUUCCAUCACGCACCCCUUCUCAAGACCCUGCCGAAGUCACCAUUCAACCACCAACAUCCACGACCUCUGGCACGGGCCCAGCCCAAAACCUUGAUGACCCAAUCCCCCACACCACAAUCACCCACCCACCCACACCCACACAGUCCCAGCCACUUAUCAUCAACCCCUGACUGACUGAUUGGAUCAGGAUCAUCACUGUUUUUGUCCCAGACAAUAAGGCUGAUUUUCUGACAACUGAACCUUUGAAUGACCUGCAGCAGAUGAAGAGAUUCACUUUCUAGUGAUUGAAUGGCAGCUGAUUGAUGAGGCCGGGUAAAUGCCAUGUGUGUAUAAUCCUUUUACACUGUGCUUAUAAAUUGAUUAAGUGAUGAGUGAUAGCAAAGGACUGCAUCCAUGUGGAAAUGAGUGUUAGAGCAGGGAUAUGCAAGAGCUUUCCAUUUUUUCACUGUUAAGGAGAUUUACCCGGCAACACUCAUGAACCGUGAGCAUUCAUGAAUCGAAAACAAUACAUGUUACAUUUCAUUUCAAAACGAGUGCAUCCAUUACAUUGUAUCUACUUGUGUAGAAUGCUGUCUACAAAACACGACAAGCCUGUUUCUCUUUAUUACACACACACAUUCUUCUUUUGUACUGAAUUGUUAACAAAUUGCUGUUUAAAUGAUAAAUUAGGCCUGGCGCUGUAAUGAUUAAUUAAUUAUAUUACAGUAUUUUGACAGAAAAUAAUGUAUGUGUUGUGUUACUCAGUGGCUGGUGAUUGGAAUUGUCAUCUAGCAUGUUGUACAUGUGCAGGGCGGCACACAGUGGCUGGGUUGAGUGUGUGUGGUGCAACUGGGGGAGGUAUAGCUCCCCUGCUAUUCUACACAGGCCAAAUAAGGCAUAUCUGUAUGUCUAGUGGGAGUGGUACA